AGUUGGAGAAUUUCACUUGUCGUCCAGAUUUUGUUCAUAAUAUAAUUAUUUACAAAUAAAAUCUUGUUUUAAAUAAAGUAGUGGCGUCGUAUUUGGCAGUCAAUACUUUAUUCUUUUAUAGAUGGAGUAACUAUAAUGAUGCUGAACGAAACAUAUCAUUUUAUUGCCAUGAUUAUGUUAUUUCAUCCGAUUUUACUAAUUCUUCAUUUAUUCGUCAACCAUUACAAAAACUACUGGAUAAAAAAAUCAAUAGUGAAAAAUACUAAAUUUAUACAUUGUCAUAAUCUCAAUAUUUAUCAUUUAUGAAUAAUGAAAAGAAUCAACAUCUGUGUGUGUGUGUGUGUGAUUCACAAGAUGAGCGAUAUAUAUAGUACAAUCAGCAAUAUGUAAUGAAAAUAAGUAUUGCUUCAUCUUUUGUAUAGUUUAAUAAAUUUUGUUUUUGUUUUAGUUGAUGAUUAUGAAAAUGGAUUUGAUAAAUCAAGUAGAUGUCCACCAUGA